UGUCCUUUUUCAAAUACACCAUUUUCAACUUAACCAUAUCCUCCUCAAACGGUGCAGAUUUGUUUGAAAAAGAAAAGGAAGUAAAAGCCAGACCCGGGAAGGGGGGAAUAACUAAGUGAUGGGUAGAGUAAAGCUCCAGAUCAAGAGGAUUGAGAAUACAACAAACAGGCAAGUCACUUUCUCAAAACGGAGAAAUGGGCUUAUCAAGAAAGCUUAUGAACUUUCUGUUCUCUGUGAUGUUGAUGUCGCUCUUAUCAUGUUUUCCCCAUCUGGAAGACUUAGUCUCUUCUCUGGUAAUAAAAGCAUUGAGGAGAUUCUAGGACGGUAUGUCAAUCUCCCAGAGCAUGAGCGAGGAAGGCUGCGUAAUAAGGAGUUCCUAAUAAAGGCACUUGGUAAGCUAAGGGAUGAAGCCGAUCAAACCUCCCAACCAACCAGCCCGGAGUGCAUCAAUCCCCAACUUGAGGAGUUUCAGCAAGAGAUUAUUAGCUGCAAGUCUCGGAUUGCCAAUAUGGAGAAACGAUUAAGAAUAUUUGAAGGCGAUGCUUCCGAAAUCACAACGUUGAUUCAGGCCUACUACCAUGAGCAGAUCCUGGAGGAAACACUGAAACAAGUGCGCUUACACAAGCAAGUUUUAGAGGAAAAAUAUACUUCUCCUGGUCCUCCGCCAACUACAAAGGGAAAACUUCCACCAGAGGCUGGAGAUGUAAAUGGCUUUGUUACAACAAGUUCCAGCAGUAUUUCCAAUCAUUUCUUGAACUUUUUGGAUUCAAAUGGUCUUCUUCCUCCAGGAUGUGCAUCAAUUAUAGAUGAGGCACCAGCUGUAGCUGAAAUCUUACCACCACAAUCCACUGAUCUCCUGAAUGAAGAAGAAAUAAAUGUUGAGGAGCAGUUAAGCCUCGCAAGAGGUUUAGAGAACCACAAUAAUGUACAACGUCCUGAAUUUGGACAAGUUAUUGAUGUCAACCUGUCCCCUUGGACUCAACUCUAUCCAACAGGUAGUAUUUGGGGACCAAACAAACUAGUUCAUGGUUGGGCUUUUGAAGCUUAAUUGUCCUACUUCUCUUACGAACUUAGGGCCCCGGACAAUUCUCCAUAUUGAAGGAUAUGGGGUAAUAUAUAAAAUCUAGAAUUAGAAUGCAGAUUUUGAUAUUUUAUACAUGGAAAUGAAACAAAAAAUAACAAAGAAAUGGAUCAUUGUUAUGUUGUACUUUAUAUACAAUACAAUAAUGUUUUUUAGCAAUAGACAUUAUAUUUAUUAUCUUUCUCA